AUGCUCGUGCGGCUCAUGUUGGGACUCUUCGUCCUCAAAGCGGUGGUGGCGAGCCCCAGGUUUUCCCGACAAGCGGAAUUGGACACAUACGACAGCGCCAAUUAUGAUGUGGAUCUAGACAAUUUAACCUUGGAGAACCAGGAUAUGUAUGACUAUGAAGACGGGCUGACGAUUGAUGAUCCUCAGAUAGAGAUUGGAACACUGGCCCCACCUGACUACAGCUACCCUGUACCCGAGGCCUCGCUGGAAGAACAAGUAGAAGAAGAGGAGGAGGAGGAAGAAGAGGGAGAAGAGGAAGAGUUGCCCCUAACACCGCAGCUCAUCCCUCAGGGUUCAGGGGGAUCUGGGGUUCUCAUGGGCCCAGACACACAGAAAGAGGUGGAGCUGCGUCUGACGCCCAUUGACAUCCUUCAUGUGUCCGGGGAUUUUGGGGGCUCCGUUGAGUCUGGGGCCUCGGGAGCUUCUGGGGCUUCUGGGUCUGGAGGAUCAGGGGACAUACUGGUCUCUGGUGGCUCUGGGGGUUCUGGUGAUAUCAUCCUGAUCUCUGGAGCCUCUGAGGAGCUCCUCAGCUCUGGGGGAUCUGGGGAGUUCUUGUUAUCUGGGGAUCUCUUGAUAUCUGGGGAUCUCUCGGGAUCCGGGGAUAUUUCUGGAGCCUCCGGGGACAUUGGCUCCGGAAUUGCUAUUGAAUUCCCCCUGGGCUCUGGGGACCAGUCUGGUUCUGGGUUCUCUGGAGAUCUCUUGAUCUCAGGAGCCUCUGGGCUUUCUGGGGACUCUGGUGAGUCCGGUGACUCAGGGAUAACAUUGAUAUCUGGAGAGGAGGAACUGCCCCUUAUUCCCGAGCCUACCCCUAGCGAGGCAUCGGGUGCUUCAGGGGAGUUCUCAGGAGCUUCAGGAACCUCAGGGGCCUCUGGAGACUUAGGGUUCUCUGGAUCCUCUGGGGCUUCUGGUGUCUCUGGCUCUGGAGACACAGAGGUCCCUGAGGUAACUCUGGUCCCUGACACUGAAGAAGAGGAGGGGCUGCUUCCGACUACACCAGAAACCCCUCAGGAGGGUACUGGCGGUGUAGAAGGGUCAGUGAGCUCUGGCGAACCUGACGAGCCCGAUGAGCCUGUGAUUGACAGGACAGGUAUGCCCACUUGCUUGCUGUGCACGUGCCUCGGUGGUUCGGUCUACUGUGACGACUUGAAGCUGGAUAGUGUUCCACCUCUUCCCAAAGACACCACUCACUUCUACGCUCGCUACAACAGAAUCACCAAGAUCAACAAGUCUGACUUCGCAAACAUGAGCAAGCUGAAGAGGAUCGACUUAACCGCCAAUGAGAUAAGGUCCAUCGACGACAAAGCAUUUAUGGGUCUACCUGAGCUGGAGGAGCUGGUGAUUCGAGAAAACCAUAUCUCACAGCUGCCUGCUCUCCCAGAGACCAUGAGUCUGAUCGAUGCCAGCCAUAACAACAUCGGCACCAAGGGCAUUCACAACGAGGCGUUCAAAGAUAUGACGGACCUGCUGUACCUGUACCUAACAGACAACCAUAUUGACUACAUCCCCGUGCCUCUACCAGACAGCCUGCGAUCUCUACACCUACAGCGUAACAAUAUUCAAAUGAUGCACGAGGACACGUUCUGCAACCUGAAAGAUUUCAACUACAUCAGGAACGCACUGGAGGACAUCCGUCUGGACGGCAACCCCAUCAACCUCAGCAGGACCCCACAGGCUUACAUCUGCCUGCCCCGUAUACCCAUCGGGGAUCUCGUUUAACCACACAGACACAUACCUACACUCUUGCACACUGACUCCCACAAA